AUGGUCGAUGGGAACGUCGCGGCUGCGGCGGCGGCCAAGGCGGACGCCUUUUUAGCGAACUACGACUGCUCCAAGCCGGUUGCCUGGCGUGCAGACGCGGCUCGCGCGUGCGCCCGCCCUUUGCCCUACCCAAAGGGCAACCUCCAGGUGUGGCACCUGACGCGCAGCGGCUUUGCUGCGGGCGAGGACACGGCGGCGAUCCUCGAGCUCGCAAACUCACCGAAGAAGCAGGCGGAGGGAGCUGUGAAGGCGGAGCCGACGGUGAAGGUGGAGCCGAAGGUGGAGGCGAGUGAGGCUGCGCCGAGGAAGGGGAAGAAGCGGUCCGCCGCGGCCAGCGAUGAUGACGCAAAGCCCAAGCUCAAGCGGGAGCUUGCGGGCCUCGGGCCGGUCGAGCAGUUUCGGCCGACGCAUCGCGGGCCGACGUCGCCCGCCGUCUCAACCGGCGUCUCAGAGGACGACCUCUCGCGUUGCUACCUCAUGGCUGGGUGCUCCCGAGGCAUCAUCGGCAGCGUGCACAAACCGGGCUCGCAGGCGCUCCUGGCCAGCGUCUGCUGCCCGGCAGAGUGCAAUCGGUGCGGCGGCGUCAACUGCUGGCAGCAGCCGGGCGGCAUCGACUGCUGCGCGCGGCACCUGUACGACUCUGGCGUGCGGUGCAGCGACAGCGAGAUGACCUCGUGCAUCCUGCCCAAGGCGCCCUCGGAGCAGGAGCCUCCUGCCGUCGAUCGCCAGCGAGGCUGCCACGACGAGUGGGCCGUCGCUUUUCCGCGCGAGGCUGGAGACUGGCAGGCGCGCUCCUGCCGCUAUAAGGUGGAGUGGAAGCAAUGCGGCCAGUUCUACUCGCACUGCCAGUGCUCCUGCGGCUACUGCCAGCCGCUCAAGGGACUUCCGGGUGAGGCGGCGCCGCCACCGCCCCCGCUGGGCGGGGCGCCGCCGGACGCCGCCGGCCCCGAGCGGCCUCUGUGGCCCGCGGCUGUCGCCCUCUCGGCGGCGCUGCCCGGCGACUUGCCCGCCGAGCUGGUCGAGCGCCUCCUCGCCGCUCUGCUGCUCGGCUCGUCGCUCGCCGCGCUGAUGGUGGCGGUGAGCCAGGCCGAGCGCGAGGCGGAGGCGGCGCUCCUCGAGCUCGAGAUCGGGCCGGAGGACUCGGUCUCGGUGGCGUGCAUGCAGAGGGAUGGCGACGGGUCUGCGAGGACCCCGCCAGAGAGGCGUUUGCCGCACCACCCUCCGCCCCCCGCGCACGCGCCCGCCUCCGAGGGCGCGAGGAGGGGGGCGGAGAGCGAGGAGAGGCAGGAGACGCCCGUCGUGCUCGAGGCUGCGGACGGGACGCGUCACGAGAUGGCGGCAGACUUGGACGGGGCGUACACAGACUUGCUCGGCGAGGUGUUGCCGCCGCGGGCGCUGCGGCUGCACGCGCGGCUGCUCAACGGCGGCUCUGUGCCGCUGACCACCGACGCGGCCGGGCUCGAGCUCGCGCGCGGAGCGGCCUCUCUCGUCGUGCGGCAGGAGAUGGCGACGCCGUCGCUUCCGUGUACGCUGGCGGACGUCGGCGCAUCAGGCCUCUCGGGCUGGCGAGACCGACCGGCAGAGGCGCCAAUCGAGGACCUCUAG